CUAGCAUUUUAUUUUUGGCCAUCAAUGAAUCCCCAGCAUAUUUUUGUUAAUACUAUUGUUCUGAUUCUGAACUCACAGGUAACCCAAAGGAACUGCAUUCUUGGUCGAGGUGACUCAGCAACAAAUGCAAACAGAGAGAUCUUAUCUCAUCUGGCUAGGUCAACUUCAAAGAUCCCUCAACUAGAUGGGCCAAUCCCAGAUCUAUACGAUGAUAUGCUUUCUACUCCCAAUUUCAUUUUUUUCCUGGAAUCUUCUUCUAUUGCCUUGAAGAUAUACAAUCACCAAGGAGUUGUCAAUGAAGACUACAAUAUAGUGAACACACCAGCUUCCGAUGUUCAGGCUGCUACCCCAGCUCUUGUUGUUCAAAAUGAUGCUGCCCAUGAUGACGAUGAUGAGCCAUUGAAUGAAAAUGACGAUGAUGAUUUGGAUGAUGUGGACCAGCGAGAGGAGCUGAACACACAACAUUUUGUUUUGGCUCAGUUUGACAUGGUCACGCGUACCAAGAGCCGAUGGAAGUGCAAACUCAAGGAUGGAAUUGUCCACAUAAACAACAGGGACAUUCUCUUUAACAAGGCAAGGCAAAUGGAGAAUUUGAGUUCUAAUUUUGUUGGAGACAUGCCUAUUUAUCAUCAAGUUGCGGUCUCCCUUAUCCAUUCUGCAAUGGCUUCCAGUGCCUGCAUUCAGCCUGUGUUGAAGCUGGGACAUCCACACUCAUACCAACCCAAGAAACACCCCUUUCUCGCUCGGUGCUCCUUCGCUAAUCCAAACCCAUCUCCUCUUUCCUUAUCUCUCGCUAAAGUUGCCAUCUUUUCGAAGCCACCGUCGUCCUUUUCUUGUCAAAAACUGAGAUUCACUGUAGGGAAUUGAGAACUAAUAAUUUCUUUUGGGUUUUCAGGGUUGGCUAAAUGUUGAAUUGUGGGGUUUUUGGGGGGUUUUGUAGGUUGGAGCACAGAGAGAGUAUUCUGCAGUGGAAGAGGUAGGGUCGCUUGUGUCUG